AUGCUCCCCCCAACCUUUUGGGGUUUUCUCGCUGUCUUUUCUCUUUGCACAGGCGAAGCAGCAGCAGCAGAAACAGCAGCAGCAGCAACAGCAGCAGCAGCAAAAGCAGCAGCAGCAACAGCUCAUUACACGGCACACGGAGAGGAGAUACUCGCAGCCAAGACACAGCUAGAAAAAGAGAGGGAUUCAGCUGUACAUGCAGCUCAGCAGGAGGCGGCGGAGUUAUCCUCUCGCAUAGACCCUACACACCACAACGAGAAUGUAGCUGCAGCAACUGCAGCAGCAGCAGCAGCUGCUGCUGCUGCUGCUGAUGAUGAUUCAGACAAAACGCCUACACAGCCACAUGCUUCCUCUCCUCCUAAUGCAGCACCCAUAGACGAGACCAAGAACAGCAGCAGCAGCAGCAGCAGCACGAACAACAACAACAAUAACAGCAGCAGCAGCAGCAGCAGCAGCAGCAGCAAGAGUAUGAAGAGCAGCAUGAGCAUAGGAGAAGAGGCGGAUAUGCAGCAGCUGCAUCGGCCGGCUGCUGCAGCAGCGCAGCAGAGCAAAGCUACAGCUGCAGCUCCUCGCUGA